AAAAUUGAGCUGGUCACUUAUAACUCAAGUAUUAGAGCUGUAGGCAGUUAGAGAAUCUUUAAUUUAGAUUUUUUAUUUUUAUUUUAAACUAAAAAUAGAUAUUUACACCACUUUAUUUUAUACUGCAAAUCUCGAAUUCUGCUUAGAUCUCCGAGCAGCAGCUCUACCGCCUUAUUCUUCUCUGCACACACAUGUUAAACGAGGCCCACCCGUCAGUGACACGGUCCGAAUCCGCGUGUACCAGUGUGCUCUGCCCGUACGCGCUCAGUGCCAGCUGCAUCGUCUCCUUUUCCAAUUUCCCCGCGCACCCUUUUUCCCUUCCCGCCAUCGUUUCCCUCCACUGCUCAUCUCAUCCCCUCGUUAAAUCUCCUCCUCGUCCCCCGCCAAUCUCCCCCACGCAAUCACACAGGUCAGCUGCUCCGCCUCUUCCUAGCGCCCUCGCCAACUCUCUCUCUGGCCAUGGACCGCCGCCUCCGCGCCAGCCCUCGCGCCGCGGAGCGCCGCCACCACCGGUUCCUCCGCCCCGGCGCGCUCGCGCGGCUCCGGGACUCCAAGAUCGUCGCCCGCUCCCUCCGGUCAUCGGCGUGCCUCCUGCUCCCCCGGUCUGCUCCUCCGCCCCCCGCGCCGCCGACCGUCGCUGCGGCGGAGCAGGCUGGCGUGCCGCGCUUCCUGGGGACGGGCGGCUCGGGUCGGUACCCGCUCCGGAGGAGGGUGGCCGCGGCCCGGGGCGUUGCGUUCUUGCCUCCGCCGUCGCCGUUACCGGACUCGGAGGCGUCCUUGGGCGAGCUUGCGCCGCCGUCGGAUCUCGUCUCCUGGCGCUGAGAUUAGCUCGGAAGCCUCAUCUACAUUCGCGUUUACUUUAGUACGUUCUGUGCAGAUAGUUUGUAGCUCCUUGGCUUACUAAAUAGUUUGGAUUUGAGGAGGAAUAAUUAGACCCUGACGGGUACAGCUUUAGUUU